GACCAAAACAAACGGGAACAAAAAUACCAACUUAAAAGUGUGUGUUUGUUACUUAUCUUUUACGUUAUUCUUCAAACAAAGAGAAAGGCUUAAAACUGUAUCAUGAUCAUACAAGACUGUGGUUAGAGAUAUAAGUGGCUUCAUUACAUUUGAAUUAGUUGUUUACAAGGAGUUAAAUAAGUUUAUUUACUAGGGAAUCUCUUUUACAAGGUUGUGAAAGAGCUUAGAAGUAGUCGACUCAUCUAUAUUUGACGAAGAAUUGGAGACUUAUUCAGAAUUGAAAGAACCCACCAGUCAGAGAAUGGUGGAGAUGGGAGGAAAUCAAGUUACUGCUGGCGCAGCCAGUCAGCAACCACAACCACAACCUCCGCCAGGUUCAGAUUCCUCUUUAAAUUUGGAUGCAACUUUGUGUCUUGACAAUGAUCAGUGGCUUACAGUUGAUAUUUCUACAUUAGAACAGGAUGUAAAUUCACUAUACUACUCUGUUUUUGGAUCAAAUAAUAAUGAGACAAAUAUUUCUGAUGGAGAUACAUGCAAUGCCAAUAUUUUGAUAACAAAUGAAACUGUCACUCAGCGUUGUUUGACACCACUUCCCAUGAAAGGAAAAAAAUUAAAUAAGUCAGAAAUACCACAGACAAUGGAGUCUGACUUAUGGGGUUUGGAAACUGAAGAACCUAUACUUCAAGGAAAAUGUCCUGAUGGAAAUCUUGAUUUAUACUAUGAAACAAGGAGCCCACUUUCUCUUUGGGGUGCUCCAAUGGAUUUAGACUUUUUAAAAAUGGAUGAUGUCUUUCAGGUUGAUAAAGCAGAUCUUGUACAAGGUCCUACUUUAGCAGAGCUUAAUGCUAAUGAUGAAUCCUUAUUUAACUCUUUGGACUACUAUGAUUCUCUCCUAACAGAUAAUAAAAAGAUUUCAACACAACUUCCAAUGACUCUCAAUAACAACCCUGUCACAGUUAACAAUGCCAAAGCAAAUAUUGCAACACUUCCCAUAAAUCAAAUUGUUAAUCCUUCUAUGAAUUCAACAUCGCAACCCAUUAAUAUCAAUAAAAAGAAUGAAAAAACCAACAAUAUAACUCCAGUUUCAAACAUUCCUACAACUUCACAUUCAAUACUCUGUGCCUCCCUUUUACAAAACAAUAUUACAUCAUCACAAAAAGCACACACAGUCUCUUCAGUAAAAGCAUUGGAUAUUGAAAAUGGAAAUAUUCAAGCCAUAUCUUCAAAUUCCUCAUCUGAAACAUCAUCAAAUAUUGUUCAGUUGUCUUCUUCUGCACCAGCAAAUACUGAUUAUCUUAAAAAAUGGCAAGAAGUACCUUCUUUACAGAAACAGCCACCUACAACUCCAGUUAUUCAAAGAACAAGAAGAGAUACCGAUCGUUCAGUUUGCAGCUUUUCAUCAGUAUCAUCAUUAUCCAAUGAAGAUGAUUUUAAUAGUGAUGGAGAUGAUGACCAAGAUGAUAUUGUUUCAUCUGAUAAUGAAUCUCUCAAUGGUGAAGAAUAUGAUAAGAAAUCACCAACUUGGUCAUUAACAUUUGGAAAUAGAUGGACAAAAAACAAAAAGAAGAAACGUUUUUUUUGGCAAUAUAAUAUACAGUCAAAAGGACCAAAAGGACCACGGAUUUCUUUAGCAACAGAAUCUACAGAUCCUCAUGUCCUAAGUGAUGCAAUGGACCCUGUUUUUAGUUCAAGUUGUCAUUUAGAUGGAGUGAAACAUGCAGGAAAAGCAAGAAGAGGUGAUGGUAAUGAUCUAACACCAAAUCCCAGGAAACUUUACAAUAUUGGUGCAGAAUUAAAGAAAUUAAGUAAAAUUAUCAAUGAUUUAACUCCGGUUAGUGAAUUACCAUUUAAUGCAAGAUCAAAAUCAAGAAAAGAGAAAAACAAAUUAGCAUCAAGAGCAUGUAGAUUGAAAAAGAAAGCACAACAUGAAGCAAACAAAUUAAAAUUAUAUGGCUUGCAGCAGGAACACAAAAGUUUAAUAUCUUUACUUGAAGAUUUGAGAGAAAUAGUUAAAGAAAAAAUUGAUCCAAUUACAUUUCCUCAAACAGCAUUAUUACAAGAAGACUUGGAUAAAUUAUUUGAAGCCAAAAUUCCAGAGAAAAUUGCUGGUCAUACAUCAGAAUUUGUCAAUAAAGUUUUAGAUAAAGUAUCUUAUGGAGAUUGCAAUGGAGGUUUAUUAGAUUUCUGAAUUAUGUGAGAAAACAGGAUACGAAUAAAACAAUAUAAGAAAAAAGAAGAUAGAAGCAUAGUAAUCAAGGCUAAUGUGUAUAGAGUAAUAUAUAUUAUAGACUUUUGUCUUCACAAUUAUUUUCAGUAAGCAACAAAUAUUAUCUUACUGAUUUUUAUUAGAUCUGCCAUAGUUUGCACAGAUUACUAGUAACAAAAUGUUAUGAUUGAGAUAAACAUUCCUCAAAUGUAAUUAUUAUCCAACAGGAAUGUUUUACUCUUUUGCCAACUCCAUAUACCUCACAAUUUAAACUGGAGAAUAAUAAAACAAAAUUAUAUAUUAUAUAUAUAAACAUAUAUAUAUAAAUGGACAAUAUAAUUGAGUCAUAUCUAUCACACUCUAGUCAAUGAAAAAUUUUUGUGUUAUAUAUAUUUAAUUUCUUACAAAAAAUGCAAAUGGUGAAUAAAUAUAUAAAAAGAAAAUGCAUACUAAUUAUUGUGAAUAAUUAGUAGUUGAAGCAAUUCCAAUAUAAAAGUUACAAUUUGCAUUUUUCUUAUAUGGCAGAAAAAAUUUAACAAUUUGAGUGUUUUUGUGUUUAAUUUCAGAUUUU